AUGUACACAAACAUCUCAGGUGAGAAGGCGGUAAGCGCCUUGAUGGAGAUUUUGGAGCGAGAAGAGGAUAUUCUGGAGGCAGAACGCAUACGGAAGGAAUCGUUAACACGACUGAUCAACCUGACAGUAAGUACUACAUAUUUAACAUUUAACGGCAACAUCUACAAACAAAUAUUUGGACUACCGAUGGGACAUCCACUCUCACCUCUUUUGUCAAAUGUGUACAUGGACAAUUUGGAAAGAGAAUUCGGGAAGUCACCAUUACAACCAAGAGUCCUAAUGCGAUACCUGGAUGACUACUUUGCGCUUUGGUCACAUGGUAAGAAAAAUUUGAAUUAA